CCUACAUGUCCCAGCAUGCAAUGGGCCCUACUGGGCAAAAAGGACUACAGCUCCCAGCAUGCAUCGCCCCAACGGGCCUGUGGGCGGCCUGGGCCUAGCCGCCUCCGUGGUGCAUGCCGGGAAUUGAAUUUUCUUGUACGUGACGUAUAUCCCUCCGCUCAGCCAGAAAAAAAUAGUCCCCUCCCGAGUGCCGGAGAGGCGGCACCGGCUUCCUCCGCGCCCGCAGCCAUCCGGGGCCCUUGCUCCGCAGGGCGGAAGGGACGUGCGUCCGGAAGGGGGUCUCGUGUCCUCCUCGGGCUCCCGCUCCCCCUGGCGGAGGCACUUCCGGGAGGGGCGGAGGACUAUAUAAGGGUUCGGCGCGGAGGCCGGAUCCUCUUUCGCCUCGUCUGUUCCAAGAUGACCAAGAAGAGGCGGAACAACGGGCGCGCCAAGAAGGGCCGUGGGCACGUGCAGCCCAUCCGCUGCACCAACUGUGCCCGCUGCGUGCCCAAGGACAAGGCCAUCAAGAAGUUCGUCAUCCGGAACAUCGUGGAGGCCGCCGCGGUCCGGGACAUCUCCGAAGCCAGCGUCUUCGAUUCGUACGUGCUGCCCAAGCUGUAUGUGAAGUUGCAUUACUGCGUCAGCUGCGCCAUCCACAGCAAGGUGGUGAGGAACCGUUCCCGGGAGGCCCGGAAGGACCGUACCCCUCCACCCAGGUUCAGGCCGGCGGGUGCUGCCCCGAGACCUCCCCCCAAGCCCAUGUAAGGAGAUGGUGCUGGAAGUGUGCACCUUGAGCCAUUGCCUCAAUAAAUGACUUUACAUCUGG